UUCCUAGGGAAAUCAGAUUUGCACUUGAGUGUACAAAUUAUGCAGUUGUCACUUUACUUCAGAUAGAUGUUCCAAUUUUAACACGUAUGACAUUUGAAACGGUGCUUUUAUUUAAAUAAAUUACUUUUUUCUACCUUUCGAAAAUGAGUUUGGUUGCAUAUGGGAGUAGCGAUGAAAGUUCAGACGAGGAAGAAAAUAAUUCUGACACCAAUAAUGAAAACAUAACUGUAAUUGAAAGUGCAACCAUUCAACAAACAAGUGACAAAUUAUGUUUACCUGCUCCAAAACUUGUAGAAAAUAAUAAUGAAAAUGAUGUUACUACGGAUUCAGAUGACACAUGCUCUGAAAAAAUACAUUUUGAUAAGUUACCCAAACCCAAAAGUUUAAUAACUGAAGCAGAGGAUAUAAUAGAAGAGGAUGAUAUUCCUUUGAAAAAAGAGAUUGAAUUGAAACCUGAAAAGCCAAUAAAGAGGGAUCGUGCACCAGUUAAAAUAACUGUUCCUUCCUUAUCUGAUUUUAAAGAUCUUGAAGAGGAAAAUGAAGAAAAAGCUAAUAGAAUUAAACCAUCAAAUAAAGGUACCAAGCUUUUUGCUUUGUUACCACCACCAAAAGGAGUUGAAUUAAAAAGUACCAGUAACUUAGUACCUAGCAUUGUUAAUAAAACAGCAGCAAAAAUAAAUAAAGAAAAUGUUAGUAUCAAUGAGGAAACAAGAAAUGAUUCAUCUACAAAAAAGAUAGCAAAACCUGCAACAAAAAUUUCUAUGGAUAUACAUUCUGACUCAAAUUCUGAGGGUGAAGAUGAUACAACUGUAAAUAGUAAUAGUAGUUCUGCUACUGAUUUCUUUGCUCUGUCAGCAACUGAUACUAUACUUGAUCCUGUUGUAUCAGAAUCUUUUGAAAGUAAGACAGAUUUAAAACAUGCAUCACGUAGCAGUGAUUCAGAAAUAAAGCAUGAUUCAAAAGAUGUUUGUACUAAUAAUACCCAGAAAACAUUAGUGAGUAAUGUUAUGAACUUACCAAGAGAAGAAAUAUUACUUAAAAAUAAAGCAGAAGUGGGUCCAAAGUUACCUGUACCUGAGCAAGAAUAUAACAUUGAUACAGAAGGUAAUGUGGCUUUUGAUGACAAAGCUAUUGAGUACCUUUGUGGAAGAAGAGGAGUAAAACGAAAACCAAAAGAAAUUGAAGAAUUAAAUAUUAUUGAAAUAAAUGGAGAAGACAUUAAACCAGAUGAAAGAGAAUGGCUAGUAAAAGCAUUAACAGAGGAGCCUGUUCAAAGACCAGUUUCUAUGCAAGGUGGUGGAGUUAAUUCUCAGUCCAAAAAGAAACACCAAAUAACAUAUUUGGCUCAUCAAGCUAAGGCAAUGGAAAUGGAAUUAAAGAAUCAGUGGGCGCAAAAUAGAUUGACAAGAAAACAGACACAAUCGAAAUAUGGUUUCUAAAUAAAAAGACUUGUACAAUAACAAAUAUA